CACUGCGCAUGUGCAGUAAGUUCCGCGUAUGACGACUUCUCCGCCCAUCCUGCCCUAGCGGGUGGCGAACAGCGUGUAGCAGGGAUGUCAACAACAUCGGGAACCAAAUGAAACAUGAUCACUACGGAGGCUGCAAGAGAGUUCCAGGCCAAAGCACGCAAACACAAAGAGCAGCUGAGGAGAUGUUUAUCAUCUGCGUUAUCUGCAGACCUUUACAGGUUACUGCAGGAGGAGCUGGAGGCCGAUGUGUCUCUGUGUGCUGGGUCCGGCUCGCUGCGAGCCCACAGAGCCGUACUGUUAGCCAGAGCUCCUGAACUCCUUCAGGGACGGACCCACAAAGACCCCUCCGUUGUUCAUCUGUCUGGCUAUGAGCUGUCCGGUUUGAAAGAUUUCCUCAGGCGACUGUACACCGAGGACCGGAGCAUGCGGCCAUGUGAGAUAGUAGUCCCAGAUACGGAGGGCUUAGGACCAGAAAGGUCUUCGCCUGUUCCCGACCAGAUGGACCUUUGCAGUUCCUCUGACUCAGAGGCUGCUCUGGAGCCGGCCUCGGGCCUCGGAGCUGACUUGCUGGAUCUGUACCAGAGGGGGGAGCAGUGUGACAUCACCAUCCAAGUAGCGGAGCAGGUCUUCUCCUGCCACAGGGCAAUCCUGUGCGCGCGGUCCCAGUACUUCCGAGCCAUGCUGAGCGGGAGUUGGAUGGAGAGCUCCAGACAGUGCAUCACUCUGCAAGGUUUAGGGCCAGAUGAGAUGGAGAUCCUGCUCCAGUUCAUGUAUGGGGCCAUUGUGGACCUGCCAGUUGGAGCCAGUGCCAGUCAGGUGGUGUUGGCAGCAGACAUGUUGGGUUUAGAGGGACUGAAGGAUGUGGUGGAGAUGGUUUUGACCCGAGACUACUGCCGCUUCUUCCCCAAGCCGAUUGACGGGGUUCAGAAAACGGUUCUGGAGUGCCUGUCCCUCACGCACGCCUUAGGCCUUCAAAGCCUCCACGUGCUGUGUAAGAGGUGGGUUGCCGAUCAUUUCGUGAAGACAUGGUGUGAGAGGAACUUCUCCCUCUUGUCCCCUGAGCUCCACUUAUCCUGUCUGACGGAGGUAACUGAGACCAUGACCGUCCACAACGCGGUCACCAUGCUCUGCGGCACCGAGCAGUUGAUCGGCAGCCUCCCAGAAGUCAAGUGGGCCCAGCAGGUGAGAAGUCUCGCCACGGAGCUCCAGGAGCAGAGCCUGCACGUCAUUGUCCAACAUCUCCCCAGAGUCAUCCUCACUCAGGCCUUCUGGGACCUCUGCAGGAGGGAGGAGUCUACCCGCGAGCCGGCGUCGUUGAAAAAGCUGUGUUCGGCCAUCCGAGACGGUGUGACGGUCGACAACUGCUGCGAUCUCUUCGCUGCCGUGCACCAUCUAUGUGGAGAUGACGUGGAGGAAGAAGGGGGGCGGAAACAAGAGGAGCCGUUCAGGCAACAGAUUUGUACGCUGCGCAGUCGUCUCUGGACCUUCCUGCUUCAGAGCUUUUACGCGGUCCGCCACACGCAGGGAUGGGAGACCCUGUCCUCCCAACACCGUGAGCGGAUACUGGCAGAGGCCAUUGAUAAAGGGGACAACCGAAGACUUGGGAAAAAGCCUGUAUUCACCAGCUCACAGUCGAGGGCUGUAAAAUGCCCUUCAUCUGCCCCUGAGAGUCCUCCUGUGCUCAGGACACAGAGGGCCCCAAACACGACUCCCGCCUCUCAAAGCGCUGCAUCAGCCAUGAAGUCCGAUGGACUGGGCUCAGCUAUUAAACCGGGAGACGGCCACACGUCCAAGGCAAAGAGUGCCAAGAAGCCAGGAGACAGGAGUGCGGCGGCAAAGGCCAAGGCGCCGCCAGCCGGCAUGCCGGUCGUCAACGGCUCAGGAGCCGCAGGCGCCAGGCGGGACGUAGCCAGCGCCAACGGCCCCCGAAGCUCUCACGGCACGAGAGAGCACGAAAAGAAGCCGAACCCCGGCGCAAGGCCCAAAACGUCUCCCCCGAGCUGCACAUCUACGAGCCAGACCGGGGCAGCGAAGGCUCAGAAGAGCUCCGCAGGAAAGUCUGACAGCCCCGUUGGCGCCCGCCAAGCUCAGCCGAGCGCUUCCUCCACAUCAGGCAGCGCCUCGCCGGAGAACGGUGCCAGCAGCCCUCGGAACGACGCCCACUCCAUCCCAGGUGCAAAGUCCAAACACCAGGCGAAGGCGGUGAAUAAGUCCCCACUGACAAAACCUCCUCAUAAAUCAGAUACUGCAAAGAUCAGCAGUCCAACCAAUAAGUCCAGUUCCAGAGAAAGUGGCAAAGUGAAGAGCGGUGCAGCAGAGAAGGCGUCGACUGGAGUGACGUCAGCAAAGGCUGAGCCCAAGGGACGAGGCACGCCAGACCACCAUGUCUCUAAACAUGGAUCCGCCACCAAAAAGCCUGCCUCCCCCAGGAAAGAGAACGGCAAAGACGGUCUGAAAUGCUCUGCACCAGACAAAGCAGCCAGUGAAGCACAUAAAAAGAUCACGAAACCGUCCUCGACGACUGGAGCCUCAGCUAAACCCUGUGCUAAGCCUCUGAAAACCUCUCAAGCCCCCUCCAAGCAAUCUUCAGUUGUAGCUGCCAAGUGCGGCCCGAGGCCGAAAAGCGCCACCGAUUUAGCUUCAGAGAAAGCUCCUCCAAAAUCUGGAGGGCCUUCCAAAACCUCGGCGGCAUCUGCCAAGAAAUCCGGAACCAAAGAAAAAGAGGCUGUGAAUGGUAAUAAUUUAGACUGUAAAGCACCAAGUGAGGGCAGCGGGGGGGUCGCAGUGCGUACAGAAAGUACGGAGGGAGCGCCCUCUGACCAGCCGGCAGGCCGGGGCGCAGGGGAUCCACUCAGCCCUAAACUAGACCCGAGCCCUGAGCGGAGUCUCCAAGAGACUGAAAUACCGCCACAAAGCGCCACCAGUGCUCCGGCAGCUUGCAAGCCCCCCCUUGGAAAAUGUGCCAAUGCGGAUGAUUGCAGGCUGACCGGCGGGAGCAAAGCGAAGCGCUGCCCAAGCGGUGUCAUCCCAGCUCACGCCGGCGGAGGGCAGGCCCCCGGCAUCGCCGAACGCCCCGCGGACCCCCCCUGCGGCGCGGGAAGCACCGGCGCGCCCUUAGAGGACUCCCCCUGGGGCGGCGCCCACCACCAGGUCAGCCCGGAGUCCGAGACGGGCAGCACGCACACCACGUCCUCCGACGACAUCAAGCCCCGCUCGGAGGACUACGACGCCGGCGGCUCGCAGGACGACGACUGCUCCAACGACCGGGGCGUGUCCAAGUGCGGCACCAUGCGCUGCCACGACUUCCUGGGCCGCAGCAGCAGCGACACCAGCACGCCCGAGGAGCUGAAGGCGUGCGAGGGCGGCGCCGGGCUGAGGGUGGAGGUGCGGCUGCGUGGGCGGGAAGCGGAAACCACCAGCGAGGAGGAGGCGGCGAGGCAGCGGCCUCGUUCCUGGCUGCACAGGGACGAAGUUCCCGCGGAGGAGGAGCAGCACUCGGAGGUGGAGGUGACCGUGAGAAGCGUGCCCGACCCGCAGCUCUUCUCCUCUGAGGAGGAGGACGAAGACGACGACGACGACGAGGCCACGGAAGACGAGAGGUCCGAGGUCGAGGUGAUCCUGGGCCCGCUGCCGCCAACUGAACCCUCGCCGGUCUUCCAGGGGAUCGUCAACCUGGCUUUCGACGACGGCGUGGACCAGGAGAACGACUACCAGUCCACCUCCAACUUCCGCCGCUCCGUGCUGCUCUCCGUCGACGAGUGCGAGGAGCUGGCCUCGGAGGAGGCCGGCGUCCAGACUCCGCCCCGACAGCCAGACGGCGCCGCAACUCCCUGUGACGUUUUUGAGUCCGACCCCGCCCCCUCCAGCGACCGACCGGACCACCAGCCGGGCCGCCUCCAAGGCGCAGACACGCAGCCCGAGGACCGGGGAGCAAAAUCCUCCGUGUUCCUCACAGAGACAUGGGAGCCUGCACAGGGGGGGAAGGAGGAGGAGGCCGGCAACCCCCUCCCGGAUGCCAAGGCCAGAGACCUCCCUCCCCAGGAGCGCCCGUGCCACCUGGACCUGCGGCACACCGAACAAUACGACGGGGGGCCACGCAGAAACCCGCCCCACACGUCAGAAAGCAGGAAAGCCGAUUUCCAUCUAGACUUAAAUGAGCCUCAGCUGACAGGAGACCCUCCUGUACAUGCUGCCCAAUCUCCAGCAGGGGACAAUGGUUGUGACAGAAUGGAUCAAACCUGCAAACAUGAGCGCCGGCCGUCCAAAGCCCUCUCUCCCAUUUACGAGGCGGACGUGGGGGAGGCGUUUGAGCGCUGCUCGGACAGGGACAGGAAUGUUAGAGCGAAGGCCGAGGAGGACGCGCAUAGCGGGGACGAUGGCAAAAGCAAUGAGUUUGCAGAGCGGGACUGGAGCCUGCUCAGGCAGCUCCUCUCGGACCACGAGUCCAACCUGGGCGUCAUUAACCCCGUGCCCGAGGAGCUCAACCUGGCCCAGUACCUCAUCAAGCAGACGCUGUCCCUGUCGCGGGACUGCCUGGACUCGCAGGGCUUCCUGUCCCCGGAGAAGGAGACGUUCAAGCGCUGGGCGGAGCUCAUCUCGCCCAUGGAGGACUCCUCCACCAGCAUCACGGUGACCAGCUUCUCCCCAGAGGACGCGGCGUCUCCACAGGGGGAGUGGACCAUCGUGGAGCUGGAGACGCACCACUGAGCGGCUGCCGGACAGUUCGCACCUUCUCUGUGAGCUCCGAGCGUCUUUAUGUCAAAUUUGUCUUAAUUCAUCGUCAUUGAUUAUAACGCCUUUUUACUGGACUCUGCAGAAGUCGGGGCUUUGCAGCGUGGACAGU